AUGGUCGGAAUAGCCCUUCUCGGCGCAGGCAUCUUCGCCCGUGAAGAACACCUCCCGGCCAUCGAAGCCACGCCAUCGCUGACGCUCAAAGCGGUCUACUCGCGCUCGCAGCGCUCGGCCGAGGCGCUCGCGGCGGCGUGCAAAGACCCGUCCUCGGUGGCCGUCUACUACGACGAGCCGGCGACGCUGGGCAAGUCGCUCAGCGACCUGCUGGCGCGCGCCGACGUGGCCGCCGUCGACGUCGUGCUGCCCAUCCUGCGCCAGCCCGACGUGGUGCGCGCCGCGCUGCAGGCGGGCAAGCACGUGCUCAGCGAGAAGCCCGUGGCCGGGGACGUGGCGGCCGCGCGCGCGCUGAUCGGGUGGUACGAGGCGUGGGAGGGGCCCGGGCAGCAGGGAGGCGCGGGCAAGCCGCUGUGGGGGGUCGCGGAGAAUUGGCGGUUCAUGGAGUCGCUGCGGUAUGCGGCGCGGAGGGUCGGGGAGAUCGGCGGGCAGGUGGUCAGCUUUCGGUUGGUGCAGCAUGGGUUUAUGAGGGAGGAUAACAAGUAUUUCAACACGGAGUGGCGGAAAACGCCAGCUCACCAGGGAGGCUUCCUGCUUGACGCCGGCGUGCACUUCGUCGCUGGCUUGCGGUUCUUGCUUGCCGCGGCCGGCCAGAGCAUCAGGCAGCUGGCGGGCUUCACGGCGCUGCUCAACAAGCCGCUGGUUCCCGUGGACACCGUCCACGCCGCGGCGGUCACGCAGGACGGCAAGCCCGGCACCAUCACCAUGUCGUUCGGCACCGAGUUCAAGUCGGCCAUGGAGAUCGAGAUCGUGACCACGAAAGGCGCGGUCGUGUGGAGCCCGACCGAGGUGAAGACGACCGUCGGGAAGGGCGACGGGAGCGGCGACACGGUCGAGGAGAAGAAGGAGUUUCCCCGCAACUUCGGAGUCGCGGCCGAAGUUGCCGCCUUUGCGCAGGCCGUCGAAGCUGGGGAGCUCGACCGGUUGCAGUCACCGUCUGAGGCUUUCAUCGACCUCGAGAUUCUGCAAGCGCUUCUCGAGUCCGGCGCGGGCGGCGGGGUGGUCAAGACAAUUGGCGCUUGA